AUGAAUGAAUUCGUUAGUUCUCUUCCACAAGGGAACUAUGUUGAAGCAGUCCGUAACUCUUGCACGCGUUUCAUAGAACAGAGUCCUAUCAAUAUAUCUGAAGAAGGCAUCCACAAUUUCUUAACAAAGCUGGAUAAAUUACAAUACGAAGAACUCGCCUAUGACUCUACAAUGAAAAUGCCACUUCGUUUCGAAAAAGUAGAAGACGAGAUAAACUUUGUCACUUUUAUUGACCUAUUGAACUUUGGUAGUGGUUAUCGCGUCCCACUUCAUGAAUUGGCUGGCAGAGGUGCUUUUGAUACGAUCCGAUUUGGAGCCAUGUCUUUUCAUAUUGGUGGUAAACCUAUGGACGCAGAAACAUUUAAGAAUAUCUCGAUCUUUGAAGUAUCUGAAAUAUUUCAACUGCCUAUUGACAGAGAAGUACGCCAUGAAACACUUGAUUUUGUCACCAUGACAGAACCCACAGCCCUCAAACCUUUUGCAGCUGGCCUAACAACUGUUCUCAACACAACAGGUGAUUACUUGAAAGCCCAUAAUUACAAGGAUCUCGCAGAUUUCAUCAUGAAUCAUGUCAAGAAGCAGCCUCAGAAUGCCUCCUAUCUUGUCGAACAAUUCAUUCAAGCAUUUCCUGGUCUUCAUGAUAGCUAUCAAUUUCCUAAUAUCUCUGAACCUGUCUACUUGUACAAGAAAGCCCAAAUUAUUGUGUAUCACUUGUGGUUCACAUUUAGAGAACAACUUCCUCAGUAUUUUGACUUUAAAGACAUUGACACAUUGACUGUGUUUUCAGACAAUGUGAUCCCCACCAUGCUGAUUCAUUUGGGUGUGAUUACAGAUGUUCCUGAACAAUGGCAGCAAGAUAUCAACAACAAUAAGGAUCUUAGUGUCCAAAUAGCCACUACAUUAAGAGCAGCGGGUGUUGUUGCCUGCGAGGAGAUUGUCAAGGCUUCAAAAGCAGGUACUGGACCUGUUGCUCAUAUGACAACAGGUGGACUGGAUGUUUAUUUGUGGAGAUUGGGCAAAGAGGGUGAUUAUAGAAAAGUGCCUCGCUUCCAAUUAAAGGACACUGUGAUGUUUUAA